AUGGCCGGCAUGAAUGCCGCCGGGGGACCCGUGGGCGGAGCGCCCAUGAUGGCCAACGGUCCUGCCGGCCUGACCCCUCACGAUAACCGACUCUUGCUCAACACCUACAUUUACGACUAUUUCCUCAGGAACCAUCAUUACGAAAUAGCGCGGGUGAUCCUAGCCAGCGAUAUUCAUGUGGUCACCAAAGAGGAGAGCCCCAGCCGACGAGACGUCAACGGCGUAGGCGAUGGCAUGGAUGGCGAUAGCAAGGACGACAUUCAGAAACGGCCUGAUGACUUACCUCCGGCAGGCAUACCGACAACCAAUUCGGAGAACUCUUUUUUGUUCGACUGGUGGGGCCAGUUUUGGGAUGUGUUCAGCGCGCAUCGAAAUAAGCCCAUCAGACAGGGGUCGGGCGCGGUGACGUAUUUGCAGCAUCAGCGGGUAUGGCCUGCGCAUUCGCAGAAUGAAUCAAGGAGUGCUAACAUUGUGGCUCUUCAGCAAAUGUCACAGAUGCGACAGGCAGAUCAGCAGCACAUGCUCAAUCGGGUCAACCCCACCAUGAUGGGCAAUCAGUAUCGCCAAAUGAUGCAGGGCAUGCAGCCGAACGGAAUGAUGCCGAAUGAUCUACAGAAGAGAGCGAUGCAAAACAACAGGAAUGCAAACCCCCAGCAAUUGGCGCAAAUGAAGAGCAUGCAGCAGCAGAUGAUGCAGACCAGCAUGCAGCGAGAAGGCUCGGGAAUGGAUAUGGGCCAACGGCCUUCAUCUCCCAACUCCGGUGACAAUGCGCCCUCGCCGAAAAGACAGCGACUCGAUAGCAGCACUGCGAACGGCCAGCACAUGGGACCUGCUGGGAGGGGUCAAGGCAUGCAGCAGAUGGGCAACACCUCGAACACUGCAGCUAUGGCGGGGCAGAUGCUGCUUCAGAACGGUAUUACUCCAAGCGACAUCGGUUCGCAGCAGUUCAAUCAGUUCCAAGCUCAUGCUGCGAACCCGAACAUGCAGCAGAAGUCUAUAGAGGUAUAUGCUCAAAACCUCGCCCAACAGCAGAGAUCAGCCAUGAUUAAUCAAAACUCGGGAAAGGCAAUGAACCCCGCCGGCGUACCACAAGGCUCCCCGAUGACACAACCGAAUCCUGAUGGGCCGGACAUGUACUUCCCACAGAACCGCGGCAUGCAGGCUGGCCCACCUGGCAACUCUCAAGGCAACCACGCGCUGCAGGACUAUCAGAUGCAGCUGAUGCUUCUCGAGCAGCAGAACAAGAAGAGGCUAUUGAUGGCACGCCAAGAGCAAGACAGUCUCACUCAUGGCCCGCCUGGUACAGCGCCGAUGGGACAGCAAGGAUUUGCGCCUGCAAUGUCGCCGCAAGGCAGCAGAGCUGGGCCUUCGCCGAACCCGAAUGAGAUGAAGCGCGGCACUCCGAAGAUGGGUCAAACCGGUCUACCCGGAUCGCCUAUGCCGGACGGAUCAAUGCCGCAGAACCGAUCGUCGCCCAUCGGAAACUUCAACCCAAGCUCGAUACCACCCGGAAUGGCACCGCAACAGUACUUUGCUCAGUUGCAGCAGCAAAGCAACAUGAUGCGGCCACCCCCUGCCUUCAACGGACCAGCCCUCACGCCGGAGCAGAUGGCGUUGAUGGCUCGACCCGACAACAGGAUGCCGAACGGUGCGAUGUGGCAACAGCCUCCUCCACAGAUGAUGCAGCCGGGUCCAGGCCAACAGCCGAUGCCCAUGGGUACUCCGCAACAACGGAACAAUCCGAUGCCUCCUCCGCCAGCUCCCCCAGGCGGCGUGCAGCCCGGCGGAACUCAACCUUCGUCUCCAACGCAACAACCUGCUGCGCCACCAACCCCAUCACAGGUGCCAAAGGGCAAUCCAAAGAGUAAGAAGGAGACCAAGGAGACGCGGAAGAAACCAAAUAAGAAAAACACUCUGGCAGGAACAGGUGCGACUCCAGUCGCAUCAGAAGCGGAGCCCGCAACACCCACACCCGCCACACCUAUCACACCACGACAUCCGCAGUCGUUCAACAACCAAGGCAACGCAGGCGCACCACCCGGUAACAUGCAAGCACCGCCUCCUGCAUCCGGCGUCCCGCCACCAGCUGUACCAUCGGUAAUGGAUCCAACAGCAGCCGCUCCUUUCGGCACAAUGGACGGCCCAGAUAAUGGGAUGAACAUGGACUUUGGGCCUUUAGAUUCCGACAACGUACUGGAAAACUUCGACUUCGAAUCGUUUCUUCACACAGACAACGACAUGGGCGGCCUCCAGUUCGAAAACUUCCCCUUUGGUGCGGACGGAGUUGAAGCCGGUGCCGGGGAUGUAUGA